AUUGACCGUCUCACUCUGGCGGAGGAUAGUGAAGUGGGAGGGUCGGUCAACGUGGCAGCGAGGACCCCCCCUGUAUUUACCAACAACAGGCGUCUAUUUCCCAACACUGUACCGUCCUAGCACACGUACUCUCUCUGAAAACCCCUUCUACCUCGACAAAUAAAUGCCCAGAGAAAUAACACAAGCGCCAAGAGACAAGGAUCGCAGUUCAAAAGUGGAGAGGAAGACGAACAGCCGGACAAACCCGUAAGAGGAGAAACAACAAAGCGCACGGACCGUCGCUGUCGCCGUUGCCUUUCUCAAUGCAUACCCUUUGUGCCCGGGGAACGAUGAAACCAGAGAUCAGCGCCGCCGUCGGAUUUCUGUCGAGAUUUCUGCGGAUAAAAGGACACGUAAACGACCGACAGCUCCAAACAUUCAGCCAAAGCUUACAGGACAUUUUGGCAGAGCAAUACAAGCACCACUGGUUCCCAGACCGGCCCUGCAAGGGUUCAGGUUACCGCUGCAUCCGCAUCAACCACAAGAUGGACCCUCUGGUGUGGCAGGCAGGCCAGCGCAUCGGCCUGACCAUCCAGCAACUCUACCUACUGCUGCCCAGUGAGCUCACGCUCUGGGUGGACCCCUUCGAGGUGUCCUACCGCAUCGGCGAGGAUGGCUCCAUCUGCGUCCUGUACGAGUCGCAGCCCGGGGCGGCCGGAGGAGUGCCAGCAACGGCCACCACCAGCUCCCCCUCAGGAAACAGCGCGUCGGUGAGCCCCAUGGUGGACAGUCACACCAGCUGCAAGGAGGAACUGAUGGUGCUGGGCAGAACCAGUCCCUCCAAAGCCUACAACAUGAUGACUGUGUCCAGUUAAAGGGGCACCACUGCCCCGGCCUACUUUUGUUCAGGGUCACGCCGUGGCGAUCAGGGCGAGCCUUUUCAAAGCUAAAAAUAUGAAAUGAAAUAGUGAAAGAAGAGAAAAGCAAAAGAAAAAAGCAGAGGAUGUGGCCUAUCGUCCAGGUGAUGGAAACCUUGUAGGUUUGAUAUUUUUUUACCCCCUUCCCCAUUGUCGUCUGUUCUGUUGUGUCAUUGGAUCUGCCGGGCACUCCGUUUUUUCAGGAGAGGCUGUGGUGAAAUGGAACUGUUGGGGCAGCUAACCAACCAACCAACCAGGACCCCCCCGGAGACUGGCUCCGCCCAUCCCCCGACUGUAAACAACAUGGUGAUUGGCUCCAUCGCUGAAGGGCUGUUUUGUUGUUGCUUUUUAACACUGAGUCUAUCAACGUUGACUUUGCACUUUUCUUACUUGUGGUUACUAUGGGGUACCGUGUUCAACCGACGCCAUCAGUCAACACCAAAACUCUCCUAAAUUGUAAAGGCAUUACUGUCAGGAAUUAUCCCCCUUCAAUUUCAAACCAGAAGUUUUUCAAUUGCUAUUUUCAUUUGGUGUGUUUCCUGAUGGGGAGGGAGUUAGGUUCAGACUGUGCCCUUUACCAGUUUAAGCCCAAGGUAAAGAAACGCCCAAUAAAAGCCAUCGUUUUUUUUCUAUAAAAAACCUUUUUGGACCACAGGGCAUUUGUUUUCUUUAUCCUUUAGCUGUCUGAGCAAAGGCUUUCUGUCUUAACUUCUCUUCCUCCCCCUUCUCCCACCAACACUGAGCUCCAGGAAACACACGUCAACCCACCCUCGGCCUGUAUGUAAGUGCAAGUGGAAUGUGCUGUGACACCUGUUACCUAUGGAUACCAGUGUGUCCCGUUGCACUGUUACCCCCUCCCAUCACUCAUGUAUGUGUAGCUUUCCGGGGAAGGGCAAGGGAUUCGUCCCCUCCCCCCUCCCUCUGGUUAAUGAAUGUUGUUGAAAUUCACAAUCAAGUUCCCAUGUUGUUAAUUUGCCCCCCCUUUCCCCCCACCACUGCCUUUCCUCCCCUGCAUCACCAAAAUUCAAAGUGUAGCAUAGGGGGGCCUAUUAUACCGAAAUUAAGGAUUACCUUGUUUUGGUCGUGUGGCCCUGUCAGAAUUGACAUUGAAUGCACUUUGACGUUAGAUUGUGUGGGAUGUCUAAUUUUUAGAGAAAAUCGCCUGCAUUCCAUCCACUCGAAUGUCAUCUUUUCACACCAUAUUUCUUGCCCUCCCCAUUUUUUAGCCAUUUGUUCAUACUGUAGCUCCCAUAUUGGGAUAGACUGAUGUCUAUUAAAUAGGGAGUGUGCAACUCUGGGCUUCAAACAUUUUUACACUGUAUUUGCAAACAUUUCAGAGCUGUUGAUGUAAGUGGAGAGUAGUUUUGGUGGUAUGUUAGAAAGUUUUUGUCAUCUGUUCAUAUGGCACUGUUCGUCAAAGCCCCAGUAGGAUGCAGAGCUUAGCUGCUUCCCUCCCCUGAACUCACACAGAUGGUGGUUUGAGUUGCUGAUAGAAAGCAAGCCUGAAAGCUCUGGACUAAGUGAUGACUGUGUGUGACUUUGGCCAAAGGGAGGUCUGGAGCACCGACUGUUCAGACAUUAAUUUAGCUUGACUUAAAACACACCAGGCCUUGUCAGCCUUCUGUAUUCAUUUCCAUUACUGAUUUUCAAGAUCUUGGAUAGGGAAGAUACUUCACAAGUACCCCUUUCCGUUUGUGUGCAUUGGAGGUGCAUUGCCUUAUGUAGACCUCAUUGUCAAAACUAUGAGCCAUCCUCUGAGUUUAAACUGAUAAGCAGGCUUACAUGAGUCAGCCUGCUGCAAGGUGCUGCCCAGACGCUCCUUGGAGGCGUCCUUGUCCAGUCCGGCAGCUUCAAAUUCCCCCUGGGGUGGGGGUUAGAGUGCCUCAAAUGCCACAUAUCACCCCUUAGCUCAGACCUCCUGUUCAGCCAACAGCCAGGCAGCUUGCCGCUAGCUGACCCCCUGUGGAUGCAGGUAGACUUAAUGUGACACAUAUCAUCUUCCAUCACUGCAGGGUGUUGGGUAAGGAAGGCAGGGAGGGGGAGUUGGUGUGAGAGAGGAGGGGCCAGGGCCGGACUCUCGUCCAGGGCAGCUACAAUCCCUCCAGCCCCUCUUCUGGACUAAUUCAACACCCCCCCUGACCAGAAGCCCUCAGCCCUCCCUCAGCAGUGAUGGAUAUAAACCAGCACACGCGCUUAGCGUGCUCAAGCUGCACUGGGGGGUGGGGGGGGCUAGUGAGAGACAAGGAAACAUGGGUCAAAGGUGAGGAAUUGAGGGUACUAGGCCAUUGUUUUCUAUAAUCAUCUCACUGGAUUGCGCUGCACUUAAAUGUUGAGUUUGAGUAGCAACUUUGUUUACAUGCAUAUGAAAGGAUGUGACGGCUGACUGAUGUACCCCAGUUCACUCCUGGUUUGGUGCUGAGUGGCGACAGCUAGCUGGAGCAGACGCGGGGACGGCUGCAGGGUGUUUUCCAGGCCUUAACUGCCGGCCACAUCUGUCACAGCAGGCUGCUUCACCAGUCAUCACCAGACCUAUGGGUGUUUAAGCUCCCCUAAGCCCCAAGAGGAUCAUGGGUAAUAGAGCUAUGGCCAUUGACGCACUGCAACCCCAACCCUCCCCUUCCCUGCUCUCUGUUGGUGCUCCCUUCAGCAAUCUGUGAAAAGCAGUGAUUCCGUUUUGGCCAGAUGGAGAGGGGCUAGCUGGGACAGGAGCCUAGAGCUUUGGUUUCCAGGGUGGACACCAGUUUUAAAACCGUACUGCUCCACUAUAGCUUUUAAUGAUGUGACAAGAUGUUAUGAGAUUGGUUGAUAUUUCAGAUGUGAGAUGAUUGCUUCGUCUCGCUCUUCUCUAAAUGUGUUUUUAUGGUCACACUGGUAGGUUUUCUCAUCUUCCCACUCUGCCAUGCCCAUUUUCUCCCCCUUCUCAUUAAGAGGAUUUUUAGUCUGGUGAUCUAACCCACUUUUAAUAGACCUCGCUUUUAGCCCCACAAAAUAAUGGAAACGAAACCCAAACCCCUUUGAACACCUUCUCAACUGUACUACCACUCGAAAUGGUUUUCAAGUCCACAAUAAUAUUAAUUCUCUAAAUGGCAUCCAUACAGCGUGUGCGCACAUAGGUUUCAGAAAACGUUGUGAGAGUGCUUUGAAAUAGUCCAGAGGUAAAAUAGCACAUAAAAUGCACUAAAUAUGUCAAGUUGAAGUUGUGACAUUUUUUUGAGACGCGAAGAGUCUCUCCUGGAAUGUAUUGCCAAACUCAGGCCUCGGACAUUCAAUAAAUACCCUUAUGGAAAAGUUGUGCAUGUUAAGACACGAAACGGGAAGGGAAUAGCUGUUUUUGUUGUUGUUGUUGUCAGUCUUGUCAUCGAUAAGUUGAAUUAUUGCCACUUUCACAUUUGAGGUGUUUUACAUAUUGUAGAAUGUAUUGUAAUUGUACAAGAAAUGGUAGAGUACAUAACAUUACACAUGGGAAGUGCCAAUAAUUGCUAUCUUGAGGUGUUUUAGAUGUAUUCCUUUUGUAUUUCAUCUUUUAACAUGGAUAACUCUUUUCAUAAGUGAAGCCAUUCGUGAUGGGAGUGUUGGCAAGGACCAAAGUUGUUUUGGUUAAAAAAAUUAUUAGUUUCCAUGAUCUGUACUUAUAGACUUAUCCUUUGUUUUGUUUUUUGUUGUUUUUUCCUUUUUCUAUUUACAUACAAAACCAGAAAAUAGAAAAAAAAAAUCUGAGCUUACCCAAGAAGAAAAGCUGUCCACCCUAUCUUGUGAUCUCAUGUCAGUACAUCUUUAUCGUGUUCAUUUUUCUUUUCCUUGGGUAUGUUGUGAUGAACUGCUGUAAAUUUGUACAGUUCAUGUAAAUUGAUUGUGCGGAAGUUGUACAGAUUUCUAUAUUUUGGAAGAAAAGUUUUUUUUUCUCUGUAAUAAAAGAUUUCCUAUCUUGGCAACAUA